AAACAAAAACAAAGAUGGCGGAAGGAACGAAGGCGCGAUAACUCGUGAAAUUUCUUCCGUUUUCUAACACCUGACGUGAUGCUGGUACGUCGUAUAUUUCAUUAAGCGCUUAUUCCAUGUGUCGUAUGCAAGACCUGAAUUGUCAAUGGAUUUGAACUGUAAAGAACUUGAAAAACGCAGCGAGGAUGGAGAAGAAGAGGUAGUGGAAGCUACAGAUUGUAUCGGGCCGGCUGCGAACUUUGCUCGUGCAGAAGAAAUCGAUGCAUGUGCAAGUACUACAGGUUGUGAUGCUACAAAUGCGAAAGAUGAAGCGAGUUUAACACAAACUGUGCCCGCAGAUGGCCGUGAAAAUGCAGAGAAAGAGGUGGAAGUUGUUGGUGGUGCAGCUCAAAGUCAAAAGAAGAAACGCAAGAGACGAAAGAAGAAAAAACAAGGUUCUGAAACUGCAAGUGCAGUGUCAGCAGUAGUUACUGAUUGUGAUGCAAUAGUGGAAGAGAGUGAUGUUACACAACCAACUUCUCCUGACUCAGCUGAACAAUUGAAUAACUGCGCUGACGAAGAAGAAGAAGAAGAUCGUGUUCAUUCAGCUCCAAGCGCGGGCCAGGAUCAAACGAAUAGCAAGAAAAAGCGAAGAUCGAGAAGAAGACGAGGAAAGAGCGCACAGGUGAGGGAAGAAACAUCGCAAGUGCAAGUCCAAGAAAACAUGGCAAAGGGAGACAGCGCGAGCGCAAACCUCGCAGCGGAAGGCGAUAACGAACCACGGCAUGAUACGCCGACUCCUGAGAAUGCAAGAGGCGGGAAAAAGAAGCGUAACAGGCGAAGGAAAUCUGGUAAAGUUCGUGGUGAAGGCGAAGACCCCGAAGCUAGCCGAGAGGUGAACCAGCUUCACAGUAAAACACCAAACAGCGUUCAGCACCAACAAACAAGAAGUGUGAAUCACACAACACCAAGAUCACAUGAAAGAUCUGGAAUGAGAAAUUCACCCCACAGUACGCUUAAGACCAAAGGUAACCAACAGAGGCCUCUGUACGAACAAUUCUGGCCUGUAGAGAAAGUGUCGGCUGGGUUGAAGAGAGAUGAGCUUGUUAAAGGUGUAUUGAGGAUUAACCCACGGAACUACGAGAUGGCCUGGGUGACUGUGCCGGGACUGGGGCGAGAUGUGCUGAUAGAGGGAAUGCUGAGGCGUAACAGGGCUCUUAAUGGCGACGUGGUCGCGCUGGAAAUUCUACCCAGACAUGAUUGGAAGAUCAUGAAGGGAGAGCUGAAUUAUAACGGUUUGAGCUUGGGGGAUCCUGAUCAGGAACACGCUAACGUAGAAAACGUGACAUUGAAUGUGGAGAAGAUGUCCAUUAGCAACGGGGAUGAACCACAUUCAGCUGAAACACCCUCCAAGAGUCAUCACAUCACUGUGGAUGAAGUGCCAGAGCGAUACUUGCAGAAAACAGCGAAGGUAGUGUAUAUCAUAGAGAAGAAGCACUCCCGUGUUGCUACAGGAAAUCUAAAGCCCUUCACCCGCCCUAAAGAAUGCCCUGAUGGACUCUUCUCCCCAAUUGACAGUCGGUUGCCAAGGAUACGCAUCCCACGGGAAAAGUGUCCGCCAGGAUUCUUUGACAGACCACGUGACUUCCAAAACACGCUGCUUGUGGCGCGUAUUAGCAGUUGGCCCGAGACCUCUUCAAAGGAUUCUUUCCUCGCGAUCGGCACCAUCGCGCGAAGACUGGGCGAGGCGGGUGAAAUCGACCCGGAGACGGAAGGGAUCCUUCUGGAGUACGGGAUUGAUUCAGGGCCAUUUUCAGACGAGGCUCUGGCGUGUUUACCUCAGGAAACACCUUGGAAGAUACCCGAAGAGGAGUUGGAAUAUAGAAGAGAUUUUCGUGCAGAUUGUGUUUUCACGAUCGAUCCUCUUACAGCCAGAGAUCUGGACGAUGCAGUGCACUGCAAGAAACUAGAAGAUGGCCUCUUCGAAGUUGGAGUACACAUCGCCGAUGUCAGCUUCUUCGUUCGCCGAGGGACUGCCCUGGACGAGGUGGCCGAAGAGAGAGGAACUUCCACCUAUAUGGUUCAGAAGGUUGUGCCCAUGCUCCCGCGCCGUUUGUGCGAGGAGCUGUGCAGUUUAAACCCUGGUGAAGAUCGUCUGACAUUCUCUGUUGUUUGGAAAAUGUCCGAUAAAGGAGAAAUAUUAGACGAGUGGAAAGGGAGAGGAAUCAUUCGCUCGCGUGUUAAGAUGGCCUACGAACACGCCCAGGACAUGAUCGACAAACCAAACCGAACGUGGAACCCAAACGAGCUGCCACCGAUAUCAGACGGCGCGAGCGUGGAAGAAAUCUCAGCGCAAGUGAAUCAGCUUCAUAAGUUCGCUGUGCGUCUACGGCGCAAUCGUUUUGAAAAUGGCGCGCUGCGCCUCGAUCAAGUGAAAAUCCGGUUUGACCUGGAUCAAGAAACAGGUUUGCCCAAUGGCUAUCACGUGCACAAACAGCGAGACGCCAACAAGCUCAUUGAAGAGUUCAUGCUGCUGGCCAACAUGGCGGUGGCUCAUCACAUAUAUACCGCUUACCCAGAGACGGCUAUGCUGAGGCGUCAUCCCAAACCACACCAGAAACAACUCGACGAUCUCCUCGAGUUGUGCAAGUCAUUUGGAAUCACCUUCAACUGUACAUCGUCGAAAACCAUUCACGAAUCGCUGGCACAAUUUCCGCUGGGCUCCCCUGAGCGUGAGGUUUUGGUCAACCUGACCAUGCGCCCCAUGAAGAACGCGGAGUAUUUUUGCACGGGGUCCGUGGAGGAAGGCGAAUAUGGACACUACGCCUUGAGCGUACCUCUGUACACGCAUUUUACGUCUCCCAUAAGAAGAUAUCCGGAUAUAGUUGUGCACAGGCUCUUGGCCGCGAGUCUUGGUAUUGAUCAACCGCUGAAUCAAGAGCCAGCAAUUGUCGACAUGAUAGCAGAACAUUGCAAUGAUCGUAAACUUGCGGCUAAGAGAGCUAGUGAACUUAGCAAUGAACUGUUCUUUGGUAUUUUUGUGCGCGAAAGCGGCCCCCUUGAGGAGGAGGGAAUGGUACUAAAUCUGAUGGACCAAUCACUGGACGUUCUUGUCCCAGAACUGGGUGUGGUCAAGCGGGUUUAUCUGAAGUUCUGCCCCGGAGUGAAAAGCUUUACCUUUACUAAAGGAGUGAAGGGAAAACCAGCCGAGAUGUGUUUGGUUUGGAGUGUCAGGUUGAAAACGACGGGUGUUACUUACGAAGAGGAACAAGAGGUGAAAAUCUUUAAUCAAGUACGCGUGAUUCUGACAACAGAAAGCGAAACAAAGACUAAAACCUCUCAGCCGUUCAAGGUAAUGGCAAAACUUGUACCCUCUCUUAAGUGCGGAGAUGAGUAUUACGUCCCGUCAACUCCAGCAGCCGAUAAAUCACUCGAGAAGAAGAAGGCUGCAUCAAGCUCUUCAGGAGCAGGUUCUCCGAACGCUCCCGACGAUGUCCGGAGGAAACUCUUCGAUUCGGAACAAAAGCGCCAAGUUUCACACGGUUCCGAUGUCACUGCCGAGUCUAAAAGAGCCGCCGACGUUAAUUCCGUAAAUGGCAAGUGCGAUGACGACGAAACAGCAUCACGUGAUUCUGAUGACGUCAUUGUGGAGUCCGAAGAAGACGACGAAACAAGCAAAUUGCCGAAUGAAGCCACGAAGUUUGCCGACGAUUCCGAUGAUGUCAUCGUAGAAUCCGAGGGUGACGAUUAGACUUACAGAAAAUAAUGCUGGAACGAUAUUUAAACUGUUUUUAGUUCAAUUCUGAAACUUGUAACCAAAGACGAUGUAUAGGAUUUUACCAGUAGUGGAAUUUUGUUGUUUCAAUAUCGAGUCCAACUCAAAUCUCAAGAAGGGAACUUUGGUUGAUUUUAGUCGACAUUCAUUUAAUAGCAUGCAAUUAUUUACACCCUUCGUACCGCAGAUACUGAGGUACGGUUUUAAAACUCAGAAAAUACCAUGUUACAUUAGGUAGCUUCUGAAUUUAUCAAAUUAAAAGUGGUAAGUUACAAGA